AUGGAUAUCGCCCUCGAGAUCUGGGACACCUUCAUUGGUGAUCCUAUGUACGCCACGCUGCUUCCAGCGUCUCUGUCCUCUUCAGUCUCCUUUCCUGGCUUCACCAAUGCUGCCAACAGCACGUUGUCUUUCUUCGGCGCGUCUCAACCUUUCAUCUACGAACCGGCUACCCAAUUGAUAUACCUGGAACCAUCCAAGUAUGCAUACAUGAGCGCCUGGCCUAGAAACAACAUCUAUCGCCAAUUCUUGAGUUUCUUUCUGAUUGUUUGGAUCUUUGGUUUCAUCGUGUACUUCAUCUCUGCGACCCUUUCGUACAUAUUCAUCUGGGACAAAACUACCGUCAAACACCCCAAAUUCCUCAAAAACCAAAUCUCCAUGGAAAUUGCUCAAACAAUGGGGUCCAUGCCUAUCAUGUCCCUGUUGACCGCGCCCUUCUUGGUCGCCGAGGUCCGGGGAUAUGCUAAGCUUUACGAUGGAUUCUCGGACGAACCGUUCCCGUAUUAUAGCAUCCUGCAGUUCCCAUUGUUUAUCGCCUUUACCGAUCUUUGCAUCUAUUGGAUCCAUCGCGGCCUGCAUCAUCCGUUGAUCUACAAGACUCUGCACAAGCCUCACCACAAGUGGAUUAUGCCUAGCCCUUACGCAUCGCACGCAUUCCAUCCGCUGGAUGGCUGGUCGCAAAGCGUUCCUUAUCACGUUUUCCCGUUCAUCUUUCCUCUCCAGAAAUUUGCCUACGUCCUCCUUUUCGGUUUCAUCAACCUUUGGACUGUCUUGAUUCACGACGGAGAAUAUGUUGCGAACAGCCCGGUUGUUAACGGCGCUGCCUGCCACACGAUGCACCAUCUCUACUUCAACUAUAACUACGGACAAUUCACGACUCUCUGGGAUCGUCUCGGAGGCAGCUACCGACAGCCUAAUGAGGAACUCUUCCGCCGCGAGACGAAAAUGGGCGAGAAAGAGUGGAAGCGACAAACCAAAGAGAUGGAGACUAUCCUCAAGGACGUCGAGGGCGAGGACGACCGCAAAUACCUGGCAGAGGAAGAACCCAAGAAAGAGCUGUGA